GGAGAAAAUGAAGCAAGUUGGAUUCCAAGAUCAGCAACAUGUCAGUGUUUGCAACUCUCAUCCAGUCAGAGGGAGGCUUGAGGAACAGGCUGACAAACAGUCUGACUAGUGCACAUUGAUUGACACGACCGACCACCUGCGCACAGUCAACACUGCAAAUCUCCACAGCGAUAACUAAGUUUAUAAACAUCAGCCCGAAUGUCCCCUCGUAUGAAAUGUCGACAGUGGGUGUUGCAUCAACAAACCUACACGACGCUUUCCCCGUGACCACUCUGACUAUCCUUAUCCUGUCGCUCAUACCCUGUGUGCUCAUUCUGCUGCUGCUCAACUGUCUGUUCCUGGCCUACAAACUACUGAACAUCUCCAGAAACAAAAGACAGACCCACCAACAGGACUCCGAACAAAUGCUGCUCCACUCGUGCGUCUCGACUCGCCACCGGGUGGCUCGGAUCACCGAAGAGCCCUUCUUCCAGAGUCAGGGCAGGAGAAUGUCCACCUCCAUGUCAGAGCCGACUCUGCCUGGACCAGUGACCUCGUCGAGGACCUCAUCCAAGGAGAAUGUCCCUGGGGAGCACGGCCUACGGUUCUUGAGACCAGAUGGGGCCACUGGAACCGGGUCAGGGUCCCUGACGGCGCCCAGCACCAUACUAGCGAACUCUGCUGCGUCUGGCUGCCCCUCCAGGGUGCAUAGAAACGUGAAAACAAUCAACAGGAAUAAAGUGGAUUGGUGUAGAAGUGCACGUCUCUUGUGGCAGUUCAGCGAUUCAGACGUGGACACGAGAUCAGACCACGCACCGCCCAACUCUCCUGCAGUAGUAGACUCACAGGACCAACCCUCAAAGGUGACCAAGAGUCUAGAUCUCAUCAGACACAGCAGCAAUCAGGAGUCUUUGGCUGAUAUGAACGAGAACCUCCGCCCAGUGCUGCGUCUGUUUGACAAGAUGGAGCUGGAGUGUGAAUACCAGCUCCCCGACACCUCAGCCCGGAGGAGGUCCUCCUGCCUGAGUUCCUCCAUGGUGGGCCCAGGGCUGGACAGCGACUUUGGGGCCAGUGCAGGCGUGUCCCUGCGCAUCGUGUCAGCGGACAGUGACGACCUGACCAAUGGGGUGAUGGCGGUGGCCCUGGAGUGGGACUACUACGACCCCUGCUACGUCCAGCAGAACGGCGUGCCAGUUCAGAAGCCCGGCCGGCCCUCCAUACACUCCAAACAGUACUGGGUCUGAGGGUCCUAGAAACCUCCUCCUAGGAGAUAUGCUAUGUUUUUAAUGUUUUAUGUCCUAAUUUAUUGUAUUUAAUUUAGUUAGAGAAAAACCUCCUUUCGUACACUUCCACAUCUUAAGUGUUUCUUUCCUCACGUCCACAACCUUAAUUUUGCAAAUCGAACACUCUUUGAAUCACAAAUUAAUUUGUUAUUUUCACUUAAAAUAUCAGAACAUUUAAAGCCAUUCUAUUCACUAUUUACUAUUGUUCUUAUUUCUUAUUUUUAAUUCACAAUUUCACCCUUCAAAUGAUCCCACAUCACGUUUGUACACUUCCACUAUCAAGGUUAAUUUGCACAACACGGAUCAUAUUUUAGAUGAGCUGAUUUUACACUUUGUUCAAUAAAGAUUAUACACAGCCA